AUGGGGGAUAUAGAUGCAAAAAUCAAGUCUAUUAAUGACAAAAUUAGAAAAGAGGAACUAAUGAGACAAGCAGCUGUAAGAGUAAAGUCUCAAACUUCCAAUACAACAGUACAAACUCAAUGUGAGAGCAAUAUUGAGAAUGCUUCAAGAUAUAUUGAAUAUCUAACAAAAGAAAUGGAAAAAUUACAAUUAAAGCAAAGAAACAGUUUUUCAACAACUCCACAAUCACAACGUAAUUCACAAAUUGAUUAUUAUCAACAAUCUCCAACAAUGUCACCUCAAGUUAUUAGUCAUAGUCCUUAUUCAUAUCCCAUAUCACAAAAUCAACCAACUACUAAUAGUAUUCCUUAUGGUCAACAACAUCCUCAAUGUUUACUAUUAUCAACUACAACUCCAAGAUCUCCUUUGACUAAUUUGGACCUUAUUAAAUCGAAUACACCAAUUACCACUCAAAAAGUUGCUUUAAAACUACAUGAACUUCAAUUCAAACUUGAUGUUGAACGAAAACUUAAAGAAGGCUCGGAAAAAUUGAUCAAUGCUGUUCAUUUCCAAGACCCAAAAAAUAAAAAAAGCAUCGCUGAAGUUCAAGAGAAAACUUUGGAAAGUAAAGAAAAAAUCUCUAUACUAACAAGAUCAUUACAAAAAUACAGACAAUUAUAUAUCGGUGAAGUAGAUGACGAUGAAGAGGAUGAUAGUGAAAGAGCUAGUAGGAAUACACCUGGAAUAAGGCGACCUGUCACUGGAAAACUAUCAAUACGUAUACUGCAUGCAAGGCAUAUUUCACACACACCUACAACACGAUCAAGUAAACAUUUAGACACAACUGUCACAAUCAAGAUUGAUGGUAUGUUAAAAAACAAGACACGUGUAUCACGUAAUGAUCGUUGGAAUGAAGAUUUUGAAAUUCAUGUUGAUAAAGCCAGCGAAGUUGAAAUUACACUAUAUGAUAAACUCCAUGAACAUCAUCAAGUACCAGUUGGUCUUUUAUGGAUUAAAAUAUCAGAUAUUGCUGAAGAGUUAAGAAAAAAAAGAAUCGAGGCUGAGAAUGGUCCAGGUUGGGUUACUGCUUCUAAUGCUCAAUUUGAAAUGCAAGGAUCACCUACCAGCACCAUCAAUACCACACCAUUAAACAAUAGCCAAAAUCCAGCAGAUCCAUACAGUAUACCUUAUGUUGCAGCAAAACCUCAACAAGGAACUGAAGCUUCUGUUCUUUCCGAUGGCAUUGAAGCUUGGUUUGAAGUUGAACCUGCUGGUCAGAUUUCACUAAUGCUUAAUUUCGAAAAAGAAAGUGUUAAUAAGAGACCACUAGAACUUGGUCGUCAAGGCGCACUUCGUAAACGAAAAGGUGAUAUACUUGAACAAAAUGGACAUAAAUUUAUUCAAAAAAUAUUCUAUCAAGUCAUGAAAUGUGCUUAUUGUGAAGAAUUAUUUGUUAACGAGGGGUUUCAAUGCGAUGAUUGUAAAUUAACAUGUCACAAAAGAUGUUAUACAAAGAUUGUUACAAAAUGUAUUGCAAAAUCAAAUGCAGAGAUGGAUUCUGAUUACAAACAACUUAGUCAUCGGAUUCCACAUCGAUUUGAUAAUCUUACCAAUAUUUAUGCAAAUUGGUGUUGUCAUUGUGGUUACAUAUUACCAAUAGGAAAAAAAGGAUCUAAAAGAUGUUCUGAAUGUACUAUUACCUGCCAUGCAAAAUGCGCGCAUCUUGUGCCUGAUUUUUGUGGAAUGUCAAUGAGACUUGCAAGUGAAAUGAUUGAUCAGAUUAAUGCAAAAUUUGCCAGAGAUAACAUCGCUAAUCCUUCUUCUACCCAUCAACAACCACAAAUUGAUAAAGUUGAACCAGUUGUUGUUCAUAAAACUCCUAAAAUUGGUUUAGAUGAUUUUACUUUUAUUUCAGUAUUAGGUAAAGGAAAUUUUGGUAAAGUGAUGCUUGCUGAAGAAAAAACCACAAAAAAACUUUAUGCUAUAAAAGUUUUAAAGAAAGAAUUCAUUAUUGAAAAUGACGAAUAUGUUAGUGGUGGUGAUUUGAUGUUACACAUCCAGAGAGAACAAUUUACAUAUAGAAGAGCUCAAUUUUAUGCAGCCGAAGUAUUGCUUGCAUUAGAAUAUUUGCAUAAACAUGGUAUUAUAUACAGGGAUUUAAAACUUGAUAAUAUACUUCUUACAUUAGAUGGACAUAUUAAAAUUGCAGAUUAUGGUCUUUGCAAAGAAGAGAUGUGGUUUGGUUGUACUACUAAUACAUUUUGUGCAGUUGAUUGGUGGGCAUUUGGUGUUUUGAUAUAUGAAAUGCUUUUGGGACAAUCACCAUUUCGUGGUGAUGAUGAAGAUGAAAUUUUUGAUGCAAUUCUAGAAGAUGAAAUUUUAUAUCCAAUCAACAUGUCUAGAGAUUCUGUUUCCAUAUUACAAAAAAAGCGUCUUGGGACUUCUAUAGCUGAUGCAGAAGAAAUUAAAAAACACCCAUUCUUUAAAGGUGUAAAUUGGAAUGAUAUGCUUGCAAAGAAAGUGCCGCCGCCAUUCUAUCCCACAAUUUCAUGUCCAACUGAUACUUCAAAUUUUGACGAAGAAUUCACGAAAGAAGUACCAGUACUUACACCUGUUCAGACACAAUUAGGCUCUGAGGAACAAGAAGAAUUUCGUGGAUUUUCUUAUAUUUCUAAUUGGAUUGCUAAUCCAGAAAAUUAA